AAGCUAAGUUCUACACACUCAAUCCAAGGCGCUCAAAGCCGCAAUCAAUUGAUCCUGCAAGAAUGCUCUCAGCUUACGGCGUGAAGACCCUUCCACAAACUCAGCGUCAGAAAUCGCCACUCAAGUCGACAGAAAACGACAAACUUCAUUGGAGCAAUACGUCCAUAGGCCCACCAGAGGCAACCAAACUAAAGGAAAGUAGUGGUAGCAGCAGCGAGGGAUAUCUAACAGCGUCUCUUGAGUUAGGCGAUACUGAGAGUGCUACCGGUUUGACUCAUGACUCUGCAUCAGCUCUCAGAGCCCAAUCAAUGGAUUCACUCUUUAACGGGACUUCAUCUCAAUCUGUCAAUCACAGCCCUCCGGAGGAAGCCAUGCCCCUUGUGGUCCCGCCUGAAUCAGGCCGUGACAUUAAGCCCCCUGCUAUCAUAAGGAAGAUAGAGGAGGACGAGGCCCCACCCAUUGUCCCACCUCGUUCCGGUAGCUUACCUAACACCUUGGGACACGAGUACUCUACAUUAGAAGAAUCUCCACCCACAGUUUUAAUUAAAGUGAGCGACGAGGAACUUAGCAAGAAACCUAAUGUGCGUGUACCACGCCCACACAUGUAUGAAUCAAUUGAGAUAUUUCCACAAAAGUCUCCCCCGUCAUCUCCCGGACUACCGAUAAGGCAAGAGACAAGAGGAGAUCGACUGGCGGUAAGGGAAGGGAGCACAGAGGGAGAAUAUGACCACUUGUUCCCGGCAAGAAAGACCCACAAGAGUCCCAUACGAAGGAAGAAAGACGCUAAUAAAGAGAGUUGUGUUAACGACGAUAUAGUGGUCCAUUCUCCUUUAAGACGUAACGAGUCUCUUCCUCCAAUGGUGUUCCAUUCUCCAGUAGUGAGGAGGAGAAAGACUGAUGAUGAAGAUGAAGACGAGCAGUCGUUGAGUGAUAACACUGAGGAUGAAGAGGCUCCUUCUCCUCAACCGCCCAUCGUCUUUCGUGUUAAGAAGGACAGUAACUCUUCGGAAGAUCCGUUGGCUGAUUUCCUCUCCGUUAGGACAAACCUCCGCUGGUCUCAGAACUUGAAUCCGAUAUACGAUAACAUCAAAGGAAUGAAGAUAUCGCCUGCUGUCGCGUACGAGGCUUCGUCUAUUCUCGCAAAACAAGAUCAAGCAAUACCCGAGGAAGGUGACCACACCCCUCGUCCCAGCGGACAGACAACGAAGGAACGAGAGUCUGUUAGUUCUGAUCGUAGGAGCUCGUCUGGUUCUGGAGUUGAGACACUCGUCCUCGUACCUGAUGUCCCUCACUGUCUUACUCUCCCUAAACGACGCCCACACAAUUACGAAGAAGUGACAAUCGGUCCAGCAUCGUUUGGUACCGAAGAUCGUCCACGUUUUGGCAGCAAGGGUUCUCGUCCUUUAUCCGAUCACUAUCAGUCGCUGAAGGAGGUUUCCCCAGGGAUGAGUGACUCCUCUAAGUAUGAUGACAAAUCCUUGACUCUUUCUUCUCCAGUUCGGAGACUCAAGUCGGCCGAUACAUCUCAGUUCAUUAGCCCUCGGCUCAACAAACGUGUCAUUACUCGACGGAGUAAAACCGUUAGAUCAAAUGAUGAUUUCAACGCUCCACACGGCAGACAGCAUGCACAGAAAGUGGCCGAUACGAUGAAGGACUUCUCCUUCACUAAUCGAGAGUACAGAGUUUUCUAUGUGAAACUACCCAAUGGACAGCUGGUCUCUGAAGUAGUCAAUAUAAAUCGUCCAGUUUCCAUACUUAUUAACAAACUAGCAGAACAGCUAGGAGUUACUAGUUCAGAUAUUGAUGAUAAAUGGUCAAUGUAUGUUGAAGGAUCUAUUCUAACUACAAUGAAAGAGGCUGUCCUCGAGUUUGGUGAGGUCCAGCCAGCCAAGGCUCAUGUUGACAGAUCAGUAUCGCUAACACAACUAGUAGACAGCAACUCCCUAGCAGAUCAAGGUGCUGCUCCAAUACUACUCAAGAAUUCACUGUCAUUCAGAAUGCAGGGGAUCACAACAUCAAGAAUACUGAGGCUUGAUGAUGGUGAUGACUCAUUUGCUAAUUAUUGCUCAGUACCAAUCACUAAUGAAUUCCAUAAGAAAUGGUUAGGUGUUGUUCAAGGCAAUCAGCCGUGUACAUUGGAAUCUGCCGUUAAAUUGGCAGCUAUACAAUAUCAGGCUUACUUUCUUGACAGGACAGCUGAGAAUUCUGUGGUUGGAUUCUGCAGACCUAAUGAUUUCCUUCCUGCUGAGUUUGCUGGCGUUAGAGGUAUAGAGCAGAAGAUGUACAAGGAGCAGGAGAAGAUUAAAUCAAAGAAUCAGGGAGACAUUCAGAAAUUUUACAUCAAAUAUUGCUGCUCCCUCCCAACCAAUGACACCAUGUUCUUUCCUGUUAGGGAACCAAGACGGAAGCUUUUCCAGAGCACUCGUUUGAAGCCCGUCCUCUUGGGCGUGAACAAGAACGGUAUUCUUAGGGUUUGCCCAAAGACAAAGGAAGUCCUUGACAGUUGGGAGUACCAGGUCCUCAAGAACUGGGCCUAUUCACGAAGAACCUUCGUUAUUGCUUUCAAUGAGAAGAGUUAUGCUGUAGAGUCCAAUCAGGCGAGGUGGAUCAGUGAACUUGUUGAUUUCUUUGUUGAGUCAAUAGUACAGUCAUCACCUCCUCCUCAGCCUCCCUCAUGAAGAUGUCUCAAAUAAUAAUUCUUAUUAAUAUUCCAAAUAAUAGUUAUUCAUUGAAACACUGUGAUUAAUAUUAUUCAUUAUAUACUAAACAACAGCAACACUCAUUAAUAAUAAUAAUAAUAAUAUUUCUACAAUAAUUAAACAUAUUAAUAGUUAGUAAUCUGUUUGUGUUUUCCUUUCUUUUCUAUCUACAUAAACAAUCUAUUGACAGUCUCAAA